AUGUCCGAUUUGAAGCGAUUCACGCGAAAGGAAAUCCUAAGCCGAAAUACGAAGCAGGAUGCAGUGUUUGUCAUAGAUAACGAAGUUUAUGAUGUCACACCAUUUUUAGAUGACCAUCCCGGAGGACAUGAGGUAUUAUUAAAUGUAGCCGGCAAAGACGCCAGUGAGGAUUUCGAUGAUGUAGGUCACAGUAGUGAUGCUAAAGAUAUGAUGAAGAAAUAUAAAAUCGGUGAACUCGUCGACGAAGACAAGGUCGAAUUAAAAAGACGUCAAUACAACUGGGAAGAUCAUAGUAAAGAAGAUUCCAAUGUCAGUUUCUUAAGCUCGUGGAAGUUCCCCGUAGUUCUCGAUAAAGACGCAACUUGUGGUGGCCGCGCCUUGCUUUGCUACCGCGCGCCCGGCAUCGGCCGUCACACGGGCGCAGGGUCUUUGAGAGCGCCGAUGCCGCGAGCGAUCCAUCUUUGGAGGUGUCACACCGGGUCUAAGAGGGCGCUCGGCGCCGUGUGCGCCCUAUACCUUGCACUAUAG